AUGAAUGAUAUGGCAGAGAUGAAUGAAUGCUGGAAUGAAAUGGCUGUAAGUUUAAGAAGUGUGGCGAAGAAUGUACUUGGUGAAACAAGGGGGAAAGGAAAGAUUGAUAAAGAUACAUGGUGGUGGAAUGAUGAUGUGCAAAUGAUUUUGAAAGAAAAGAAGAAUGCUUUUAAAGAAUGGAAAAGUGUGGAAGAGGGUAAUGAUAGAGAAAAGGAAAACAAGAGGUCAGCUUAUCUAAUAAGUAAAAAGAAGGCCAAGAAAGCAGUUGCAAUCGCGAGGGCCAAGGUCCAAGAUAAGCUCUACAACCAUUUGGAAAGCCCACAAGGCCAAAAAGACCUUUAUAGAAUAGCAAGAGAGCGGGAGAGGAAUGCAAGAGAUAUCAAUCACAUGAAAUGUAUGAAAGAUGAAGCAGGAAAGAUUUUGACGGAUGACAAGAGCAUAAGAGAACGCUGGAAGAACUAUUUUAAUAAACUUAUGAAUGAAGAGAAUGACUGGACAGGUGUGCUAGAUGAUGCUAAAAGUAACAUAGGUAUGGUGAAAGAGAUUACUGUAGAAGCAGUAAAAAUGGCAGUGCAAGGUAUGAAGAAUGGGAAAGCGGUAGGGCCAGAUGAUAUACCAGUGGAAGUAUGGAAGGUUCUGAAAGCGGAUGGUUGGAAGUGGCUGACUUUAUUCUUUAAUAAGUUGUUGCAAGAAGAGGCGAUCCCUGAUGAAUGGUGCAGCAGUACAUUGGUGCCCAUUUUUAAGAAUAAGGGUGAUGUACAGGAUUGCAACAACUACCGGGGAAUAAAGCUCAUGUCACAUAGUAUGAAGAUAUGGGAAAUAGUGGUAGCGAGACGAAUAAGAGAAGAGAGUGAGGUAACACAGAACCAAUUUGGGUUUAUGCCGGGCCGGGGAACCACGGACGCCAUAUUUGCACUUCGCCAACUAUGCGAGAAAUACAGAAAAGCCAAAAGAACUUGCACAUGGUGUUCGUGGAUCUGGAAAAGGCAUACGAUAGAGUUCCGCGUAAGGUUCUGUGGUGGUGUAUGA